AUGCCAGGUGUUUCCGUCAGAGACGUUCCAGCUCAAGAGUUCAUCAACGCUUACGCACAAUUUUUACAACGUCAAGGUAAAUUAGAAGUUCCAGGUUACGUUGACAUUGUCAAGACUUCUGCUGGUAAUGAAUUACCACCACAAGAAUCUGAAACUUGGUACUACAAGAGAGCUGCCUCCGUUGCCAGACACAUCUACUUAAGAAAGCAAGUUGGUGUUGGUAAAUUAAACAAAUUAUACGGUGGUGCUCUUAACAGAGGUUUCAGACCACACAAGCACGUUGACGCUUCUGGUUCUGUUAACAGAAGAGUUUUACAAUCCUUAGAAAAAAUCGGUGUUUUAGAAAUUUCUCCAAAAGGUGGUAGAAAGAUCUCUGAAAACGGUCAAAGAGAUUUAGAUCGUAUUGCUGCUCAAACUUUAGAAGAUGACGAAUAA